UUCCUCUUCAUAACGCGGCGUUGCAAGAGUUACUGAGUGACGUCAUGAAGCACGAAGACGCAUGGCCGUUCAUCAGACCGGUUCAACAAAAAGAGGUACCUGAUUAUUAUGAAGUCAUUUCAAACCCUAUGGAUUUCGGUACGAUAAAAUACAAAUUAAACGUUGGAGAUUACAGUACAGAUAGUCAGGUGUUAAAAGAUGUGGUUCUCGUAUUUGAAAAUUGUAGUACCUAUAAUUCCAGUGAUGCUGAUGUUUACAAGUGCGGUAUGCGAUUGCUAAAGUAUCUCGCCAAACGAGCCAAACAAAUUGGACUGAAGGUACCACCAGAAUUGGAAGAGGAAGAAGAUGAAGAUCUGGAACCCAAACCAAAAAAGAAGCGAACAAAAUAGUAUUACAGUAGUUUCUUCCGCGGUUAACUUUAUACGAAACGUUUAUUUUUAUAGAGCUCGUCGGCAGUCGUGAAAAAGACAAAAAAUCAACGCACCUAGAUUUAACUAUUAAGUUUAUUCUGUUUCACUUAGGAUACGCAUGUAAGACGUGUAUUUUUGUAAAAAUGCAUCGUUUUAGUUGUAAAUAUAUAUGUUGUUUGUAAAAUCUCCUCUUUAAGUAUUUAUCUGUUAAGGAUAUUAAGUUUGUUUUAUAAUUAUUACAAAUGGAAAUAUGAGUACUUCACUUAAGGUUAAUAAACUUCAUAUUUAUAACAA